UUGACAGGACUUUGGGUGAUUUUUGGUUUCUCUUGUCACGUCCUAAACGAAUUCGACAUCUGAAAUCACGAUAUUUAUAAGGCAAAUAGAAAUACAACAAUAAACUGCAUCCUGUAACUUUUUCUCACAUAGCAGUUGUCUGGCCCGUAUUAAACAUGUCAUUGAAUGCAGAUCUUAUAAAACAGGCAAUGUUUGAGGAAUUACAAAAUGUUCUUAAUGCGGAUGGUGAAAUUCGUCGACAAGCCGAAGAGAGGUUAGCACAACUUAAGUUCACGGAAGGAUAUGGUAUUUAUUUAGCAGAAAUCACUGUCAAUCAAACUUUAAACCUUGCAUUUCGGCAAUUAGCUUCUGUUAUGUUGAAACAGUACGUCGAAGAUUGUUGGGCCGAAGAAUCAGGUGAAUAUCCAUCUGAUAAAAACCUGGUGGUUAACACUGAAGCAAAGGCAGCUAUCAAGACUAUACUGCCCCAAAGCUUAUAUGAUUCGAAUAGCAAAAUACGCAGUGUUGUUGCUUAUUCAAUCUCUAAUAUUGCUUCGUAUGACUGGCCAAAUGACUGGCAAGAACUCUUUGAUAUCAUUGUCAAAUGUCUUGGUGGAAAUGAAAACUCGGUUCAUGGUGCCAUGAAAGUUUUGGUCGAAUUUACCCUAGAUUUGGACAAACAGAUACUGGAAGUUGGUCCAAUAAUCAUAUCUGAAGUUUACAGAAUUUUUGAAGCGCAAUCGAUAUAUAGUGUUUCAACUAGAAGUUAUGCUAUCAAAAUCCUCAAUUCAUUACUGAGAAGCGUAAACACACAUGUUGAGUCCAACCAGAAACAGACACAUAUAUUUUACCCAACGUUACCAUUUUUCAUUCAGAAAAUGAUAGAAGGGCUUACAGUUCCAAAUGGCGCAUACAGCAGUUUUGAAUUGAAAACCGAGAUUAUAAAAGUCCUUAAGUUUAUGAUUUCAGACAUGCCAAAAAUUGCAACUCAAUUUAUUGCAGCGAUUAUGCCACCUAUCUGGCAAAUCUUAACACAAAUGGCUGACGUUUAUAUAAAAAUUAUAGUAAAUAAAACUGAAAAAACGCCAUUCACAAGCAAUACCGAAGAGGAUGAGAAUGAGGAUUUCAUUUCAAUGAUUUUGCAAAUAUUCGAUUUUUUACAUACAAUCAUUGGAAUAAAAAAGUACAAUGGCGCAAUUACGAACGUAAUGACUGAUUUAAUUUAUAUUGUUAUUCUGUACAUGCAAAUAACGGAAGAGCAGGCUCAGAGCUGGAAUGACGACCCCGAAAAAUAUGUUGAAGAGGAAGACGAACAAGGAGUUGAUUUUUCGGUUAGAAAUACAGCGCAUGACGUACUUUUAGUUUUGGGUCAAGAAUAUGAACAAAAGUUACUAUCGUGUUUCUCCGAAGCGUUGGGGAAACACAUCACGGUAGCUGAUGCGGACCGCAACGCGGGUCACUUGCAUUGGUGGAAGCUUUAUGAAGCGUCGAUGUUAGCUGUUGGUUCAUUUAAGCAAUUAAUUAUAGAAAAUGAAACACUGUUCGAUCUGUCCCAGUACAUGAAUCUUGUUAAGAGGGCUAUGGAAUAUCAGACCUCACCGUAUCUGUUAGGACGAUGUCUGUGGAUUAUCAGUCAGUAUUGUAACUGUAAUUUAUAUAACGGACAGACGUUGGAGCAUGUAAUUGAUAUAACUAUAAACAGCAUGUCGCAGGAGAAACCACUUACCUUAAAAAUCAUGGCAGCUAGGUAAACUAUGCUAAUUGUUAACGAUAUAUUUAUCAUUGAUGAUAAUUUUUAUAUUCCUGCAAACAAUACGAUACUCUAUUAUUAUCGUUAUUAUCCUUAUGUUUUCCUUUCUUCAUUGUCACGAGAUAAGGUAAAUUUCCUUAACAAAAAUUAAUUAAUACACUUGUCUCUCGAAUAAAAUGUGAAGGAAUUUGAAGCAGAA